AUGCCAAAACACUAUUGCGACUACUGCGAUGUCUUCCUGACUCACGACUCCGCGUCUGUGCGAAAAGCACACAACAGCGGUAGGAACCACCUCGCGAAUGUCAGGGACUACUAUGCUUCCUUGGGUCACGACAAAGCUCAGAGCAUCAUUGACCAAAUCACGGCUGCGUAUGAAUCCAGUGGCGGCCCCCCUCCUGGCGGUUUCGGCUUUGGACCUCAACAUCUAGCGCCUCCGGUGCCUUUCGGUGGACCGCCCAUGGGUUACGGAGCUCCGCCAUUCGGUGGUCCUCCUGGACCUCGUCCACCGUUUCCUCCUGGAAUGCCUCCCCCUGGGAUGAUGGGUCCUCCAGGUGCGCCUCCUUUCCCACCGAACGGUCCUAUGCCUCCUCCUGGUAUGGGUCCUCCAGGUAUGGGUGGACCGGGUGGCUUCCCUCCGGGCAUGCCUCCUUUCCCGCCCGGCGGCAGUCCACCUGGUGGCAACUUCAAUGGUCCUCCCAAUGGCUUUCCUCCGUCUCAAGGCCUCCCACAGCAAAAUGGGGAUGCAAAUGGCAUUCCAGGUGGCAUGCAUCCUGACAGAAUGCGGAUGAUGGGUGGCGGGAGGUAA